AUGAAGUUGUUCAUAUUUUUCAUGAUCUCCACCGUGGCUACCGUUCACUCUGGUUUUCGGUCGGCGCCAUUUGAUGUAGAAGAAUCUCACUUUGCCUACCAAUUGAAAACUUUUCGCGAAUCUUUAGACGAGUGUGCUGAGUAUUUAGAAGUGUCUAAGGAUGUUGUGAAUCGUCUUGUCGCCCACAAUUAUGUAACACCGGAGAAAGAACUAAAGUGUCUCAUUAGAUGUGCUGGUGUUAAUUCUGGAUGGUGGAAUGACACCAUAGGAAUUCAAGGUCCGGUUAUUGAAAGCUACUUUCAGCCAGCUGCCGACGAUACUUGUUAUGUCAGGCGUACCAAAGAAUGCAUCAAUUCAAAACUCGCCGUGUGUCAAGAUGAUUGCUCAAAGGCAUAUGAAGCCUUUUUGUGCUACUAUCACCAGUGGGGAAAUUUGAAAUGCAGCGAGCAGUACAUUCCACUAACGAACCUGGAACAAAUACAAUCUGCUGUUGACUGCAUCAACAUAUUACGCACUCCUGCAAAUCUAUUAGAGCAGUUCAUUCAAGGAGUGGUGCCAGACGUGCCAGAAACCAGAUGCUUGUACCGUUGCCAAUAUAUGGCAGAAGGAAUUUAUGACCAAGCAACAGGAUUCAAUCUACCACGUCUUUAUGCCCGUGAGUCCAAAGUCCCUAGUCCGGAAAUCCUUGCUGACAGCACAAAGACUUGUAUCGAAAAUGCACUGCGAGGUAGUUGCGACGAAUGCACUAGAUUCUGGCGAGCCAAGAAAUGCGUUUGCGGACUUGAAGUGCCCAAUCAGACCGCGGAUGUUCUGAAGAAUGCGGCGGCGAUUAUCCUAGGGCAGAAACCAGGAUGCAUUGCGGAGGAACCUAACCCACGAUACAAUUCCAUUCCACCUAAUCCACACUAUACCUACAAUAACUAG